AUUCAAGUCGCCAGGGUGGUCUUUUCUCUCCACGACAAUUUCAUUUCAUUGUAUUGCAUUGCUAGCCUCUUGCCUCGCCGAACUGGUCGCGCCUCAUCUUGAAGCCCAGAUAUGACACGAAGCAUUGCGUCCCUCCCUCUGCGUCACCACGACUCUGCUGCUUCGCUGCGCGCCGUCUCGACCACGAUGGAUGCUUAUCCUCCCGCGCCAGGACGAGAGCUCUCCAGAGAGGCAAAGUGCUUCAUCCUGGCCGAUAUGGACCGCUCUCCAAGGAGUGAGAACAAGGUCUGCAGGGGCUGCAUGUUGGGCCUCACGCCUCAGCAGCAGGAGAACGCUGUCAGGGCCGAGUCCGGCCAAGACUACAAGCUCCUUGACCGGCCUGACUGCAAGAUCUGCCAUCUGAGGUCCCUGAAGCCCGAGGCUUUCACCAAGCCUUUUACUCAGUUCUUGACUGAGAACCCCACCAUAUUCCACGCCGUAGAUUAUUUCAAGGAGAAGCUGGCUGCCGUCGGCUUCACCGAGCUACCUGCUCGCGACGACUGGUCGGGUCAGAUCAAGCCUGGCGGCAAGUACUUUGUCACGCGCAACGCAAGCACCAUCGCGGCGUUCGUGGUGGGCGAGUCCUACAAGCCCGGGAACGGCGUGGCCAUCAUCGGAGGCCACAUCGAUGCCCUCACCGCGAAGCUCAAGCCCGUCAGCAAGAAGCCUGUGAAGGCAGGGUACUUGCAGCUGGGCGUGGCCCCCUAUGCCGGAGCGCUCAACGAGACCUGGUGGGACAGAGACCUGUCGAUUGGCGGCCGGGUCAUUGUUCGCGACCCGGAGACGGGCAAGACCACCUCCAAGCUGGUCAAGCUUGGCUGGCCGAUUGCGAAGAUCCCGACGCUGGCUCCUCAUUUCGGAGUUGGGAUGAUAGGCGCGCAGAACAAGGAGACGCAGGCCGUCCCCGUGAUCGGGCUGGAUUCCUCCUCUUCGGAGGAGGUUCUUGGCGAGGCGGGCACUUUUGCAUCCUCCCAACCUCCCAAGCUGGUCAAGCUCAUUGCAUCGGAGCUGGGUAUAAAGCCCCAGAACUACAGCAGCAUCGUCAACUGGGAGCUCGAGCUGUUUGACUUCCAGCCUGCUACGGUUGCGGGCAUGGACAAGGAGUUCAUCUCCGCUGGGCGCAUUGACGAUAAGCUCUGCUCCUGGGCUGCCCUAACCGGCCUGCUUUAUGGAGACCACGCGCCCUCCGAUGGCGGAAUCAAGCUCGUGGCUCUGUUCGAUGACGAGGAGAUUGGUAGCUUGCUCCGACAGGGUGCCAAGGGCAACUUCCUGCCCUCGGUCAUCGAACGCACAGUUGAGUCGCUUGCAGCCAGCGCUGGGAAGACAUUCGGUCCCGGCCUCCUCGGUCAGACCUACGCGCGCUCGUUCCUGGUAUCCUCCGAUGUCACACACGCUGCAAACCCCAACUUCCUUGAGCGUUACCAGACCGACCACCUUCCUCUGCUCAACGUGGGCGUUACAAUCUGCGCGGACAGCAAUGGCCAUAUGACAACGGACAGCAUCAGUACGGCCAUCUGCAGUCGUGUAGCGGAGCUGAGCGGUACCACGAACCAGCAUUUCAUGAUCAGAAACGACUCUCGAUCAGGCGGCACCAUUGGCCCCAGUCUGAGCUCCAUGCUGGGCGUGAGGGCCGUCGACGCAGGCAUGCCGCAGCUCUCGAUGCACUCUAUACGAGCCACCACGGGCGCCCUGGACCCGGGUCUGGGAGUGAAGUGGUUCAGGGGCUUUUUGGAUAACUGGGAGAAGAUCGAUGCUGAGUGGGAACAUUAAUGUGCUGUUAUGAGUGUCAGUGAUCCCUGGGUAAGUUGUGUUUGUGAGAUAUUUGAGCCACGGAGGUUAGAACACGAUGUAGACGCAUUGGAUAGAAUUAGCAGCAGAGAUUUGGAGUCUGUGCUGUUCCAAGUAGCAUAUUAUUGUAUCAUACUGGGAUUAAAGUAA